AUGUCUUCGUCAUCCUCGUCUGAUGAUUCCGAUGAAGAUAUUAUUCCUCAGAUUUUAAUAAAUCUUCCAAGACCAAGGCGGUUUAGGGAUAGGUCAAAUCCGUUGCAGGACUAUGACGACUUGGACUUCAAGUGUCGCUUUAGAUUGUCGAAGGAAACAUUUAUGAUACUUUUGCAUAUGAUCGGUGACUCUAUUAAACAUAGGAGUUCAUCUCUAUCACCUGUACUUCAACUUUUAAUUGCUCUGCGUUACUAUGCUACUGGAGCAUUCCAAAUGGUGUUAGGCGAUCAUAUUCAGGUUCAUAAAUCUACUGUUUAUAGAGUUAUUAAAACAGUGUCCACAGAAAUUGCUCGAUUACGUCCACAUUUUAUUGAAUUCCCUAGUACUGUUGCAGAGCAACGAAGAGUUCAAUUAGGAUUUUUCAGAUUACAUCAAUUUCCUCGUGUUAUUGGUGCCCUAGAUUGUACGCAUAUCAGAAUACAAUCACCUAAAAGUGAUAUCGGCGAACAGUUCCGUAAUCGUAAAGGAUGGCCUGGAUCUGUCCACGACAGCACUAUCUUUGAUAAUAGUUUGAUACGAGCAAAAUUUGAAAAUAACGAGUUUGGAAAUACUUUUUUGCUUGGUGAUGGAGGUUAUCCUUGUAGAAAUUAUCACCUAACUCCUUUAUUGAAUCCAAGAACUGAAGCCGAACGCAAAUAUCAAAAAGCUCAAAUUGGUUCAAGGAAUGUAGUGGAAGGAUUGUUUGGGGUUUUAAAGAGAAGAUUUCCUGUUCUAGCAGUUGGAAUUCGCACAAAACUAAGUACUACUAUGGCUACUAUCGUUGCUACAGCAGUUCUGUAUAAUUUUCUUCUAAAAGAAAAAGAUGAGAUACCUCAAGAAAUUGAUAAUCAUUUAAUUGAUAUUGAAUUACUUCAAGAGAUACCAACCUUGCCUAUUCGACAGUUAGGAAAUGCUGAAAGAUCACAUUUAAUAAAUACUGUGUUUUCUUGA